GUUUCCAACAAACUCGGCUUCCUGGAAACAUCACUGUCACAUUUUAACAGGCGCUCUGUACAAGUGGAUUGGUCGGAGGAACCUUCCAUUGCCAGUGUGUAUAUGUGUGUCCCGUACUUUCUCUCUCCCCUCUUCAGUCGCCGCCGUCUUACACAGUCGCCUGUUUUGAAUACGAAAGCAUUUUACCUGUUAUCUGGUAACGCUACACCGUAAUAAUGAAGAAGUUUCUGAUUGUAUUUGAUUUUGAUGAAACCAUCAUUCAACACAACUCUGAUCAUGUCAUCCUGAAAUGUAAUCCUGACAAAAAUCUUCCAGAAGAAUUACUGCAACCCCCUGAAGAUGGGUAUUGGACUGAGUAUACGAGCAAGAUCCUCCAGUACCUGUGUGAAAAGGGUGUCAAGGAAGAAAGCAUGAGAAAGAUUCUAGCUGAAACUCCACUAACUAAAGAGAUGUUAACCCUAUUUCAGUUUCUGAGAGAGUCUUCAGAUUUUUUUGAAUGCAUUAUUAUCUCUGAUGCCAACACCUUUUUUAUCAAUAGCAUUCUUCAAGCAAAUGACCUAAGCAAUGUAUUCCAGAAAAUAUACACAAAUCCUGCAUGUCAUGACAACGGAAAUAUGUUUGUGAUAAAUCCUUACCAUUCCCACAUGUGUCAGCAGUGCCCCAUCAAUAUGUGCAAAAGACAGAUCUUGCACGAUCACUUGGUAGAACGCACUAAUGAGGAAGGUGAAUUUGAGAAGAUCUUCUAUGUUGGCGAUGGCAACAAUGACUUCUGCCCUUCCGUAGUCUUGACAGCAACAGAUGUUGUCUUUCCAAGGAAGAACUAUCCUUUGCAUCGGUUGAUCUCUGAGAUCAAAAUGACAGAACCCUCUGCAUUUCAAGCUGAAGUGGUUCCAUGGGAGUCUGCAGAAGAUAUAUUGCUUUUCCUUCAAGAUUGCACAGGGAAAUAGUGCCACUCAGAGUUUCCCAAAAGAUCUUCGAGAAGAAUUUCAAUUUUCUACAAAUGCUUUUUGAGAAGAAAUUGAGUAAAUCCGAUAGUAAAAGUGCAUGAUUUUAAUGCUUACUGAAAUAAUUUAACUGUAAUACUAGCUUAGGCCCUAACUUUUAUUUUCCACACCCAAUGUUGCUAAUUCCAUUGUGUACAAUAACUUUUGUGACCGAUACUAGAUGUGGAUUGCCUUUGAAACUAAUGUACUGUUCUUGUUAUAUGUAGAUUACUGGGAACUGUUUUUCUAAUUAAUUGUGGAGGGAGACUGUACCAGGACAUGGUGGUAUUGUGUUAAGGAUAUGUCAUGGGACUUUCAAACCUGAAGGAACUUUUUUUUUAGUAAUUUGAGCUACUUAAAAAAAAACAACACAAUCUAGAGCAUGCGUAUAUAAUAUUCAGCUUUAAUCUGUACAUGCCUAUUCACCAUAGUUUAAUGUAGCCAUCCUAUAUCAGUGUUUGGUAAUUAGUAUAACCUUUCCAGAGUGUGGAGUAUGGAUUCCUUGUUUGAAUGGGAUCUUUUGCAAAAUGUUUUGAGACAGAGGAUGCCAUUCAGUCCAUCAUAUCUGUGUCAGCAUAAAAGACCUGUUCAGCCUCACCUUAUUUUCCAGCUUUCAGUCCACAGCCUGGAAGGUUACAGGAUUUCAGGUGCAUGUCCAAGUACUUUUUAGAUGCUACGAGAGGUUUGAAUUAUGUUUAUUGUCACAUGUUCUCAUGGAAAGUUUACAACUCGCCAUUUACGGUGUCAUCUGAGGUACUAUGGUAUCUAGAUGCAGAAUCCUGGGUACAAAGCAGAAAAACAUUAUACACUUUUCACUGUACUCCUACUUUUGUACUUGAGUACACGUGACAAUAAAAUCAAUAUGUUAAAUAUUACAGUUCUUCCUACUAAAAAGUAGAAAAACAAAGAAACACGGUUAAAAGUUCAACACCACAGUCCAUAAGUGUAUGGCCAUUGUGGGCUCGCAUUUUUCACAAGGGCUUGACUUUUUCCUACAUGCCCCCUACAUUUAAGUCUAAGUCAUUGUUAUGUAGAGAAGUAAAAGGACGUAGCUCUGUGCCCUGCUGAAAACGGUUAACCAGUCACAAAAAAAAUUUAGCUGCUUCAAAUCUAGUUUCAUUAAAUAUUAAUCUAAAUAAGUACUAGACUUGAUAAUGACACGGAGGACAUUCAAUUGUACUUCAAUUUUUUAUCAUUUGUACUGCUGAAAGCUUACUGAUGCGUCAUAUGGAAAGGAAACAAUUAGAUAAUUCUGAAGUUUCAAAAGAAAUUAACUGAGAAAUUAUGCAAAACCUUUAUGAUAAAUGCUAAAAUCAGAGAACAUAACACCUGCAAAUUGCAGUGGAAAGGAGAUAGUACUAAUAAAUUAUUUAAAGAACAUGAACUGCACAAUGCUGCUACUACUGUGGUGUCAGUAAAUAAUGUGUACCGUUUAUGCUAGAUUUGAACUCAGCGUAUGAAAAUGUCUUGAAUUUUACUGAUAUAUCCUACUAAUCUACAAAAUAAAACCAUUGGUCAAUAUUCAGAUAUUAGUUUUCCUCUUCAACUGCAGCUAUAAAUUAUAGUACUUAAAUACAUAUCCGACAGGAAUUUGUAUAGUUUAAGUUAAUUAAAAUGGCUAUUUCUCCAGAUAUGCAGAGCAUUUACAUUGUCAGACACAAGAGGUACACUGCAGGGUGAAAAUGUGUGAAUGCAACAAGAAAAACAUUGUUAGUUUUAAGUAGUUGCAAUUAUGUUUUGGCCUUCUUUGGCAGUGGGUCUUAAUAUCUUGAAAUACAUUGUACUGCUAUUAUUCAUCUGAUACUGUAUAUUACUCAUUAUUUACUGAGGUGCAAAAUUUGUCACUGUAAUUUGGACAGUAGUGCACUGGUUGAGCUUUUUAACCCUCUGUCCAAUUUUCUUUUCCGCAUUCCAAAGAGGGGAGAGAGAUAAAUUAAUAACAUUUGAGAAAUUAAUAAAGGAAACCCCUCCACAGAUAUUAAAAUGUGA